AGGUCAACGUGGUAGCCACCAUAGAGCUAACGCGGUACCUGCUGCCAUGCAUGAUGCAGCGCAACAAGGGGCAGAUUCUCGUGGUGAGCAGUGCAGCAGGCAAGCUCCCAGCGCCCACGCAGGGCGUCUACGCCGCCACCAAGCACGCCCUGCAUGGGUACUUCAACACGCUGCGGUACGAAGCGGUGCAGCACGGUGUGGCCGUCACGCUCGUGUGCCCCGGCCCGAUCGCCACUGAGGGCUCUGCUGAGGGGGCAAUCAAAUCCGCAUCCAAGCCAUCUGCUGAUCAGGCACAAGAUUCUGCUACUGCUGCUGCUGCUGCUGCUGCUGCUGCUGCUGCUGGGGGGGAUGAGAAGGACUCGCAAAUGCCAGCAUCGCAAUGUGCUGAGCUCAUUGACUCGCGCAUGCCAGCAUCGCGAUGUGCAGAGCUCAUAGUGAGCGCUGCUGCUUGGAGGCUAGAAGAAGCAUGGAUCUCCAGACAUUGCCUUCCCCCCAUCCGCACCCCCCCAUUCGUGCCUUGCAACCAUCCUCCUCUGUACCCUCCAGCCGGUGCUGCUACGCAUGAACCUCGCACACCGGUGCUGCUACUCAUGUACCUCGCGCAAUUCUUCCCUCCCACCUGCAGCAUACUCCUCUCAACCUCCCCCUUUCCCCCCUCUUUCCUCCCUAUCCCCCAUCUGCACCCCCGCAUGCGUGUCCCCCCAUAUACCCCACAGCCGGUGCUGCUACUCAUGUACCUCGCGCAGUAUUUCCCCGCCACCUGCAGCAUGCUCUUCAGAAAGAUUGGUCCCAAGAGAGUGCAAGCACUCAAGACCGGCAGCAGCAACAUGUACUCUACAAGCCUCCUAUUCACCUGCACAUCCUCCCCUUCUUCCUCAUCCUCUUCCUCCUCACUCACCUCACUCACCUCACUCUCCUCCUCCCCCGUCUCCAUCUCCUCUACAUCUUCCUCCUCGAGCCGCUCACCCUCUCCCACACACCUACCCCGCGUCAUUAAACCCCACAAGUCCCUCUCUUUCUUAUCCCUCACUCACACACCCUCUCACACAUCCUCGCACAAACCAGUGCAACGAUCCACCACCCCCUCACCUCAUUCCUCCCCACCUCGCUCCUCCUCCCCUCUUUCCUCCCUCUCCUCUCCGUCUCUCUCCCCCUCGUCCCUCUCACCCGCCCUCUCUCCCCGCCGUUCACCCAUCUCGGUCCUCCCCCAUCCCUCCUCCUCGCAUCAAGCCUUGUCUGCUACCAAGCCUCCCCUUGACUUGGCCAACUGA